UUUAUAUACCUCUCUCCUUUUCUCUCUCCCUCACCACCAUUCUAUCUCCAUUCUCUCUCCUCCAACUAUAACCAUAACCAAAACCAAAAAACAGGGUAUUACAUGGAACCAUUUACGGCGUUGCUGAUUUUAUCAGCAAUUACGGCGUAUUUGAUCUGGUUUCGAACACUCAUACGCCCACUCAAAGGUCCACGUGUCUGGCCAUUGGUGGGGAGUUUGCCGGGGUUGAUACAGAAUGCCAACCGCAUGCAUGAGUGGAUUGCCGAGAAUCUCCGCUCCUGUGGUGGCACUUACCAAACCUGCAUCUGUGCGGUCCCUUUUUUAGGCCGGAAGCAGGGUUUGGUUACUGUCACCUGCGAUCCACGGAACCUUGAGCAUAUUCUCAAGGGUAGAUUCGAUAAUUACCCUAAGGGUCCGACGUGGCAAGCGGUUUUCCAUGAUUUGCUAGGGGAGGGUAUCUUUAACUCGGAUGGGAAUACGUGGCUUUUUCAAAGGAAGACUGCCGCGCUGGAAUUUACAACUCGGACGCUUCGACAAGCGAUGGGCCGCUGGGUGAACCGGGCUAUUAAAGGCCGGUUUGUCCCUAUUUUGAAGGCGGCUCAGCUUGAAGCUAAGCCGGUUGAUUUUCAAGAUUUAUUGCUACGUCUUACUUUCGACAAUAUUUGUGGGUUGGCUUUUGGGCAAGACCCACAAACUCUCACCCCCGGUCUACCCGAAAAUAGUUUUGCAAUGGCGUUUGAUCGUGCCACGGAGGCUACGCUGCAGCGGUUCAUAUUACCCGAGUUUAUUUGGCGGUUCAGGAAGUGGCUCGGUUUAGGUAUGGAAGUUGUCUUAAGGCAGAGUGUAUCACACGUGGACAAGUAUUUGACAAAUAUUAUAAAUACACGUAAGCUUGAGCUUACAGAUGAGAAAUUUAGUGGGACCCAUGAUGAUUUGUUGUCUAGGUUUAUGAAGAAAAAGGAGUCCUACUCGGACAAAUUUCUACAACAGGUGGCCCUUAAUUUCAUCCUAGCUGGACGAGACACGUCCUCUGUGGCACUUAGCUGGUUUUUCUGGCUUGUGAGUAUUAACCCACGCGUAGAAGAAAAAAUCCUAAUUGAAAUUUGCACCAUUCUGAUGGAGACACGUGGCAGUGAUACUACAAAGUGGACCGAGGAGCCUUUAGAGUUUGAAGAAGUUGACCGGUUGAUGUACCUCAAGGCUGCACUCUCUGAGACGCUAAGGCUCUACCCAUCCGUACCGGAAGAUUCGAAACACGUCAUCGCCGACGACGUUCUCCCCGACGGAACCUUCGUCCCUGCGGGGUCCGCCAUCACGUACUCCAUAUACUCAACGGGCCGUAUGAAGUUCAUUUGGGGCGACGAUUGUUUAGAGUUCAGGCCCGAAAGGUGGUUAUCAACCGAUGGUCACAAAAUAGAGUUGCAAGACUCAUUCAAAUUCGUGUCAUUCAAUGCAGGCCCUAGGGUGUGCCUAGGAAAAGACUUAGCCUAUCUACAAAUGAAGUCGAUUGUUGCAGCGGUUUUACUCCGUCACCGGCUCAGCGUGACACGUGGGCACAAGGUGGAACAAAAGAUGUCAUUGACCUUGUUCAUGAAAAAUGGGCUACUGAUGGAUGUUCACCCGAGAGACUUGUCACCCAUUGUUUCCAAAAUUAACCAAAAAGUUACCGGUACGGGUACGGGUACGGGUGCAUAAUUGCGUGGGGGGUGUCUAGAAUUGAUUAGCCUAAAAAGGUUGGUUAGAAGAUACAUUUGGUUUGGGCAACGUACGCGGGUUUAGUUGGGGGGUGGAGACUGUGAAUACGAUGGCUACAUUUAGAACAAAAGAUAAGCAAUUAAAAGAGUUUGUUACAUUUGGGUAUAUUUAUGAACCAAUAAAGCGACAUUUACUUACGACAACUGUUAGGGUAAUUACUAAAUGGGAAUAUAAAGAUAAAUAUAAAGUAUAUUUGUGUACCUAUCUUUUCAGAUCAAGUUUGUUACUAGCUCAUGUGGUUAGUUUUGCAAUUUACACAUGAUUUUUGUAUACUCUUUAACUAUAUUCAGGUUUUCCAUGUUUUUGUC